AUGCAGCGUUUGGCAAUAGCAAAGCGAACACUAGAUGAUACAAGUACGAACAUUGAACCAAUAAAAAGCGAGCAUUGAUCGGAGACAAAAAGGAAUUUAAUUCUGAGGAAAACGAACAUUGCACAUAAAAGAAGCACCUCUUUUUCUCUAAUCGCCAUGUCUGAACCUCAAACUAAACCUACUGAAGACUUGAUGCAGUCUACACAGGAACAACAGGAAAUCACACACAACGAACAAGCACCAGCAUCUGCUCCUGAAUUAUCAGGUCCUCUCAAGACAUUGAAAGACGCCUUUCCAGACUUGGAUAUUGAAAUUAUUCAAACUAUUCUAGAUAGCCAAGGAGGCAACUUGGAUAGUGCUUUUGAAGUAUUGCUUGGUAUGUCGGACCCCUCUUACAAGCCAGAGCCAGGACAAGUAGACAACGCAAGCCAGUUACAACAGGACGAAGCCUAUGCAAGACAGUUGGCUCGUGAAGGAGAUGCUCAUUAUCCUCAAAACAACAAUGUUAAUAGAGACAAUGAACCCUUAUUCAACUUUCAAGAACUACCUAUGAUCAAAGAAAAGGUCAUUGAGGCGGGCACAGCUGCAAAGAAUAAGAUCAUGAAUCUUUACAAUCAAUUUAUGGCAAGCACUUCUGAGCAACCUAGAGAACCCAAUAGGAACAAUACAAGACUUGCUGAUAACAAUGACGUAGAUUUGUAUGGAAGUGAUCCCACGUUAAAUGUACCCAGACAUACAACCUCUACACCCAAAGAACAAUUGAGAUCAGAUGAAGAUUUUGCUAGACAACUUGCAUUAAAUCAAGAUACACACAGUGAACAAAAUGAGCAAAAUGAGCAAACUGAGCAAAAUGAAGGUAAUAAAAACAACAAAGAAACAGGUGCUCAAAUGACUAUCUAGUAACUCUUUCUGCUGUGGAACAUCAUCAUGACUUAGAUGACUUGCUUAAUAAGCCUGAUAAGAACAACGCUUUAACAAAUAACUAAAUCUUUCUUAUUUCUAACUCUGCAUAAAUGUAUAGAUUUCAAAAAUACAAUUGCUAUGAGCUUUAUCUCUCUUUUCUUUUCAUUCUGUAAUGUAUUUGGUUAUUGGUUUUUCUUUUGUUUGAUAAACGAACUUGUUUAUCGUUAUAAAGUGAACAUGAUCUUUUUUC